CAUCGCCCCCUUCAGUUGCGCCUGCCUGGCAGUUUCAGUUCGUUUCUUUCGGGUCGUGUUUCCUCUGCGAGCGAGUGAGAUCGAGAGAGAACACAGCGAUCAAGUAAGGAAUGGAGAACGUGACGGGGCUUCUCCGGGUGAGGGUAGUGAGGGGCGUCAACCUCGCCAAGCGUGAUGCUGGAGAUAGCGACGCCUACGUCGUCGUCCUCAUGGGCGAUCAGAAAUUGAAGACCAAUGUAAAAAAGAAUAGUCUGAAUCCAGAGUGGAAUGAAGACUUGAACUUUUGUGUCUCAGAUCCCACUCAACCACUUAAGAUUGAAAUUUAUGACAAAGACACGUUAACCCAAGAUGAUAAGAUGGGCGAUGCCGAGUUGGAUAUACAGCAAUUCAUGGAAGCUGUCAAGAUGGGUUUGGCAGAUCUUCCGAAUGGUUUCGUGAUUGAAACUAUGAGGCCAAGUCAACAAAACUGUCUAGCUGGAGACAGCACUAUUACUUCGAAAGAUGGUGCGAUUGCUCAAGAUGUUGUCCUUCAACUCAGAAACGUGGAGAGUGGCAAGGUGGAGCUGCAGCUGCUGUGGCUUAGCGUUCCCUGCGCGCCAGAUUUCUAGCAUGUGUUUUCUGCAGGUUUACACUUCCCUCUUCAAUUGUUAUCCAGGAUUUGUCCUCUCUCUCGAAGCUCGAGACUAUCCUUCUGAUUUAUGCGCAAUAAGGACUCGAGUCGUGCUAAACUCAACUUUCUUUUCACGUUAUAUAUUUGUUUGUUAUUUAUUA